GACUUUUGCUCGGACUACCAACAUGAACGACAAGUUCUCGCCCUCGAGAGACGAAGUCGAGGCGAACCGACGAAAAUGGGAUUUGGAGGGGAAGCUGCAGGAUGCUGACCAAUUGUGCAGUUCGGUUGAUAAUGAAUGCGAUGGCGACCGAAAGCGCAGCCUUAAACGAAAACUGCAGGUUGUUAAUCCAGUUGCACAUACUGCAGCAGAAGUGGAAGCGAACCGACGAAAAUGGGACCUGGAGAGAAGAUUGCAAGAUGAAGAUCGGAUUGGGAACUCGACGGACGUAGCGAGCAGAGCACCUCGAGCGCACAACUUGAAACGGAAGUUGCAGAGCUUGAACCCUUUCAUGAUGAAUCCGGUCGUUCCCUCUGCGGCUGAGGUUGAGUCGAACCGACGCAAAUGGGAUCUUGAAAGGAGAUUGCAAGGUGGAGCUCGUGAAAACCAGGAGAAUCGUCGUCUUGGACGGAAGUUGCAGAGCUUGAAUCCAUCGAUCAUAAAUCCUUUUCAUCUAUCUGCAGACAAGGUGGAGGCAAACCGGCGCAAAUGGGAGCUGGAAAGGAAUUUACAAGAUGCAGAUCGAUCUGUGCCAGUUUGUACAGAAGGUGGAUCUGAUAGUUCAAGCCUGGACCAGAAACUGCAGCCUCUCCGUCUAGCUGCUACUUUUGUGGAUGAAGCAAACUCUGGGCAGCAGAAGUGGAGUUUGGAGAGGAAGUUGUGCGAUUUGGAGGAUCAACUUGAACGCAAAAUUCAAGUACCAGGGAGAGAGGCUAUGGAGCGGAGACUAGGACCUGGCGUUAUGUCUAGUCCGACGGCAACCAGUGGCCGCCAAGGCCGAUCUGAAUUCGAGAUUUCUUCUUCGCUGGUGUACGUUCUACUGUUUUUCAGUACUGCUGUGCUACACUGCGCGAUAUUCAACUUUAAUUUGGAGUUGCGGGAUUUCUUGCGGCUUGAUGUCUACCCCUUCGGUGUGCUAUUGUUGUUGAGCUGGAUAUUUGUCGGUCUUAUCCAAUUUGUCGGUGGGCUCGUCGGGGAUCUCGUACGAAACCGGGUGCUGCUGCUACAACGCAUCGCUGUGUUAUGGGGUGUCGCUGUUCUAGCAUUGCACGUAGCUGCAUUCCAGAUGCCGCCCAUGGUUUCGUCAAUAAGUUUGGUUUUGGGAUUGGUGUGCGCUGGAGUAGCUCACGGCAGCGUCUGCCCAAACGUCAUCGCCUUAAGAGUCGAAGCUCGACUCGACAAGCCCCAGUCCUUAUUCACACCACUGUCUCCGGAAGAUGAGGACGAGAGUAGCAGCGAAGAUGAUGAUAGCGGGGUGGAAAGUGAGAGCUCCUAUUCAUCUGAAGGUUCAAGUGUGUUCGACGAGGACGAACAGCCAAAUUGUGAUUUGGCAAGCCACAAUUUUUUCUCGGGGUGCUUCGCUGCAAGAUUGGGAGGGUCGUCACUUGUGCAAGCGUAUUACUUUUUGUUCGUGAACGUCAACGCAUUCACGGAUGGAGGCUUUCACUCGCCUAUUACUUCUCGAGGAUUCCACUGCAUGCUCUUAAUGAGCUUUGGACUCAUGGCAGCGCUCAUCUACUUUUGCUUCAAAUCAUGGGGCAACUGCCAGAACGAUCAUCGUCCAGACAACUUAAGUUUGUUCACUAGCGUUUCCGAAGCACAGAGAUUGGAGAACAAGCUUGCGGUUUUGGAACAGGGCUUCAACGCAUCGGUCAAAGUGAUUUGGGCUUGGAGUUGGAGAAGUAUCGUGCAGCUAUGCAAUCGCGCACUUGUGGGCUAUGCAUUGCUGUCCUUUGUGCUGAUGACGCUGAUAGGAAUCGGCUUUUCCGUCGGGAUUUUGUUCGCGUCUCACGCUUCGCUUUCCGUCCGGUUGGUGUCAUUUUUGCUGAUCGUGGUUGGCUGGCUGCUAACCAUGGUUGCUAGUUCAAGACAGCUAAACCCAACGAAGAAGCAACUUCUUCGCGAAUGCCGUCGUUUGGGCCUGCGGUCGCGGCAACUUUACAUGGUUCUGUUCGCGAUGGCUUUCAUCUGCGUGUCAGGAUGCGUGUCAUUCCUGCGCGCACAGCUCUACACUACUAUGGUCGUUCAAGUGUGUCAGACUAGGCUUUUGGUCCCGGGUACGACAAGUACGCUCUUCGACCCGGAGUUGCUUGGUACUGCUGUCGGGACAUCUUCGCUGCUGCUUAUCGGGCUGUGUCGAGUCUUCACCGGGAGUGCUACUGAGGCUGAGGCUGAUAGUCCCAGACUAAGCUCAUUGAGGAAGCCGAACAUUUUCACAGCCGCAGCGCUAGCGACGCCCGUCUUCAAGAAGACACAUAGAACGUCGUUGGUCCAGCGCGUGUUGCCAUGCCUGGUAUCAUGCCCCCCAGUCACGCGCAUGUGCUUCGCCAUGCUACUGUAUCUCGUGAGUAUUUUUCUGUCCAGCGUUGUUGAACUGUACCGUCGGAAGGCAUCGGUGAGUCCAUCAGCUUUGCCACGAAGUUGUGGUAGUGUGCACUCGGACUUUGCGUUCCUUUGGACAUUGCCGUACGUCGUACUGCUUGGUGCUUCCGACGCUCUUUUCCGCGUGAGCUUGCAAGAGCAGUGUCACGAGCUAGCACGGGACUCGUUCUCAUCGGUGCCUUCAGCCACAAGGCCGUCUCGUCGUUGGGCUGGUGCUGUUCAAGGUGCAAUCUCUCUAGCCGAGGCGUUGGGGUACACGGCAGCUCUAGCUCUCGUGGCCGUGCUGUCACAUUGGCUCUUUCGCCCCGAGCUGACGGAUAUGACCUUGCUCUUCUUGCUGCUCACGACGGUGGUCGCGCUGACUCACGCAUUACUUAACCGAAUCGCAGCUCGAGCGCAGGCGUACCAACGCUCUUACUUGUCCGCUCCACCCCAGCAAGCUAAAUAGUUGACUGCAUCGUGUCCACUUGGAAGACAUGCAAAAUAUUUAUUCCAGUUCAGUCAUCGUUCAACAAAGUAACUUGUUUGUGCACAUGCAAAUGACUAACUACAUUGAGAACAGGGACGGCAACGUCACCUACAGCC